UUUCAGACAGGAUAUCGUGCGAGGUGUCUACAUGGACAAACGUAAAACUGGCUCUGAUCCUUAAAAUCUUUGUAUAAGGCAACACUAUCUUAAUUUUGAAUAUACUGGUAAAUGGAAACCAUCCACACUCAUUUUCAGUUAGUCUGAAUAUAUUCGUCCGCGAUGGACGACAGAGGACAAAGAAACAGAUGGAUCUAUUGGUGGAUUUCCCUAUGGCUUUCUUUGUUUUUGUGCUUCGUGGACAAGGCUACGACACAGAUAAGAUAUUCCAUUCAAGAAGAGGUAAAAGAAGGCUCAGUUGUCGGAAAUAUUGCUAAAGAUUUGGGUCUUGAUAUCAGUACUUUGGUGGACAGACGGUUUCGCAUUGUUUCAGGAUCCAAGGACGGUCUUUUUCAGGUAAAUCAAAACAAUGGUGCCUUAUACGUUCAAAAGAAAAUCGACAGAGAGGAAAUAUGUGACGGCUCUGAUAUCUGCGUGAUAAAUCUUAAAUUUGCUAUCGAAAAUCCUCUAGAAAUUCAUUACAUUGGAGUUGAAAUUAUUGACGUAAACGAUCACCCACCCAGUUUUGCAGAAGAUCAUCUUCAUUUAGAGGUAGCAGAAAAUAAAGCUCCAGGGGCCCGACUUGACCUGCAGCCCGCACGUGAUCCAGAUGUUGGCACAAAUUCGAUUCGAAGUUAUACACUUAGUCAAAAUGAGCAUUUUUUAUUAGAGGUACGAGACGGUGGUGAAGACAGCCUACCCUCCCUCGUCCUACAGAAAUAUUUGGACCGGGAAAAUGCGCGUGAACAUGAAUUGCAAUUAAAGGCUGUAGACGGCGGAAGUCCUCCAAAAUCUGGCAGCCUGAAUAUAACUAUAACUGUCCUCGAUAUUAACGACAAUCAGCCAAUGUGCAGCGAAGACAUGUACUCGAUAUCUAUACACGAGAACGUUAGUGUCGGAACAAAUAUACUGAGAGUAAAUGCAACAGACCCAGAUGAUGGUCGCAAUGGACAGGUUGAAUAUUCGUGGGGUAGAAAUACAAAGAGUAAAAUACAAGAUGUUUUUGAGGUAGAUCGCACUACUGGCGAAAUUCGUGUUAAAAAACAGAUUGAUUUUGAAGACAAUCAAAUGUACAGAUUAAAUGUACAGGCUUCUGAUAAAGGACAGCCUCCACUUUCUGUCGAUUGCAGAAUUAUUAUCAAAAUAAUAGACGUGAACGACAAUAAACCAGAAAUAGAAGUAACUUCUAUACUGACUGUUGUGCCAGAGGACUCAAAACCAGGAACUGUUAUUUCUUUGAUUAGCGUUUCAGAUAAAGACUCUGGAAUCAAUGGAAAAAUCGUUUGCAGUCUUUCGAAGGAUGUUCCCUUUGAACUCAAGCCAUCAAUUGAAAAUAAUAUGUAUUCUUUAAUUACAAAAGGAGGCAUGGACAGAGAAAAUAUAUCCCAAUACGACAUAGUAUUAACUGCCAAAGAUUUGGGUCAGCCUACUAUGUCCUCUAUGAAAAUUCUUAGCGUGCUGGUAUCAGAUGUAAAUGACAACAUUCCAGAGUUUCCGCAACAUCCACUUGAGCUGUAUUUGAUAGAAAAUAACCCGGUUGCGCCAAUAUUUUCGGUAAGCGCUACAGACAAAGAUUUGUAUGAAAAUGCUGCAGUAACUUAUCAAGUUAUGAGAAGUGAAGCGACACUUAAUGACAUGUCUAAUUUCAUCAGUAUAAAUUUAGAAACAGGCGUCAUAAGUGCAUUAAGGAGUUUUGACUUUGAAACAACCAAAACGAUGCAGUUUCACGUGCUUGCUACAGAUUCUGGAACUCCAGCUUUGAGCAGCAACGUCACAGUAAACGUCUUCAUUUUGGAUCAGAACGACAAUGUUCCAGUGAUCUUAUAUCCAGUCAGCUCUAACGGAUCCGCUGAAGGUGUAGAGGUUCCACGUAAUGUGAACGCAGGACAUUUGGUCACUAAAGUGAGAGCCUAUGACGCAGAUAUAGGAUACAACGGCUGGUUAUUGUUUUCACUACAGGAAGUGAGUGACCACAGUUUGUUUGGUUUGGACCGAUAUACUGGACAGAUAAGGACCCUCCGCUCAUUCACAGAGACAGACGAGUCUCAACAUAAACUGGUCAUACUGGUCAAAGACAAUGGCAACGUUUCCCUUUCAGCAACAGCAACUGUAAUUAUCAAAGUUGUGGAGCCCAAAGAGGCCUUUGCAGUUUCUGAUGUUAAAAACAUAAUGAGAGAUGAUGAGGACAACGAUAUUACAUUUUAUCUCAUAAUCACGUUGGCAUCAGUUUCAGUGCUUUUUAUCAUUAGUAUUAUUGUGCUGAUUGCAAUGCAGUGUUCCAAAUCUACAGACUAUUCCUCCAAGUAUUUACAAGACACAAAUUAUGACGGGACAUUGUGUCACAGCAUACAAUACAGAUCAGGAGAUAAACGCUACAUGUUAGUUGGACCCAGGAUGAGUAUUGGUUCUACUAUAGUACCAAGCAGUAAUGGAAAUACUCUAGUGGUACCAGAUCGCAGGAGCAGAGCCUCUGGAGAGGUAAGAGCUAUAUAUUUCUAA